AUGGCAGCUUCGACAGAAUCUAGGUCACUUCGAGAAGAGACCACACCGACCGCAAGCCAGGACGAUAUCGCACAUGACCCCGAGAAAGCUGAGAGACCGGCAGAAGGCCGCGCGAAGACUUCCGAUAACCCAGACAGCCAUGCCGACGCAAAGGAGUGGAAAUGGGACGACGACCCCAGUAACCCCUAUAACUGGCCAUUGCGGCUGAAGAUACGGCAGAUCGUGAUGCUGGCAGCGGCGGCAUUCACAGCCUCUGUUGGAACAUCGAUCAUAAGCCCAGCCGACACCCAGCUCGUCGAGGAAUUCGGGGUCACCUCAACACAAGCAGUCCUGCCGCUAUCGCUGUACGUCUUCGCCCUCGGCCUGGGUCCGGUCGUCGGCGGCCCUCUUUCGGAAACGGUGGGACGAUACCUAGUCUACCUCGUCAGCCUCCCUCUCGGUGGGCUCUUCACCUUGGGCGUGGGCUUCUGCCACACCUUCCCCGGCAUCUGCAUCCUGCGCUUUCUUGCAGGUUUCUGCCUCUCCCCCAGUCUGGCCAUCGGAUCCGGCACCAUCAACGAGACGUUCCGACCGUCGCAACGCGCGCUGCCGUCGACCAUCUACAUCCUGAUGCCGUUCCUAGGCCCAGGUCUCGGCCCCGUCAUAGGCUCCUUCGUAGUAACCCGCAAAGGCUGGCGCUGGACGCAAUGGACGCUCCUCUUCUUCAUCCUCACCUCCAUGCUCACCACCCUCCUCGCGCGCGAAACCUACCACUCCGUCCUCAAACCCCGACGUCAGAAACACCUUGGCCUCCCAACCGAACCCUGCAAACCCGCACGCGAGCGCAUCCAAGCUUUCGCAACCACGGCCCUCACCCGCCCCGUCCGCAUGAUGCUCACCGAGCCCAUCGUCUCCUUCGUGUGCCUCUACGUCGCCUGCGAGUUCGCGACGCUCUUCUCCUUCUUCGCCGCGCUGCCGUACGUCUUCGAGACCGUGUACGGCUUCAGCGUAGAGCAGGCGGGGCUCGUCUUCAUUUCGAUCGCCGUGGGCUGUGUCCUCGGCGCCGCGACCGUGCUACUGUGCAACGCCCUGCUGUACCUCCCGCAGACGAAGAAGCACCCGCCGCACCGCACGCCGCCCGAGUACCGGCUCUACCCGGCCAUGAUAGGCAGUCUCGGCAUGCCGCUGGGGCUGUUCUGGUUCGGGUGGACGGCGCGGGCGGACGUGUCGUGGGCGAGCCCCGUGGUGGCCAUCAUGCCGUUUGCGUGGGGGAACAUUUGCCUAUUUGUGAGCACGAUACAGUACCUCGUGGACGUGUAUCGCAGGACCACGAUUGCGAGCGCGACGAGUGCGAACAGCCUGGCGCGGUAUAUGCUUGCUGGCGCGUUCCCGCUGUUUGUCGUCCAGAUGUACCGUAAUUUGGGCAUCGGCUGGGCGAGCAGCUUGCUUGGCUUUAUCGCGCUGGCAUUGAUGCCGGUGCCGUGGGCGUUUUUCAAGUGGGGACGGCUGAUUAGGCAAAAGAGCAAGUUCGACACGGUCAAGACGUGA